GUCUCAUGUAAUAGAAAGGGCAAGGGUAAAAUGGGAAAAUAAAAAAAGAAGAAGAGAAGAACAGUGGAGUGAGUGCGAGGAAGAAGAAGUAAGUAAAGAAUGCAGCCAAGAAUGAAGCAGAAACAGAGGCGAAAGCUAAAAAGCUUCUUCUGUUCCGUCGUGUACUCCUCCCGUCACUUUCCCUCCCUUUGUUCUUGAAUCUCUCACCCAACACCCACAUGGUCCCUCCUUAGCUUCCAUUGCUCUCUCUCUCUCUCUCUCUCUCUCUCUCUGCUCGAAGCAUUGAAUGCGGGCGGCUAACGUGAAAAUUUCUGUCGCUUACUGCUCUUCUUCUUCCUCUUCUUUAGGGGGUGGGUGGGUUGUUGUUUGGGUAUGAUGCAUUUUCGUGUGUAGCCUGUUGUGCAAACUACGGACUAGGGUUCUUUGCGAUAGCCAGAACUGAGGCAGCUUGAAGUGCUCGGGGGAGUUGAGGUGAUUUUGGGCUUGCGAUGCAGGGGAGGAUGAAGAAGUACCGGCAAGCGAGCCCCGAGAGGACCAAAGUUUGGACGGAGAAGUCGUCCAAGUGUCAGCAGGGUCGAAAAGUUCCCGUUGUGUACUAUCUCUGUAGGAAUCGCCAGCUUGAACAUCCCCAUUUCAUCGAAGUUCCUCUUUCGUCACCGGAAGGUCUCUACUUGAGAGAUGUGAUUGAUAGGCUUAAUGUGCUGAGAGGCAGGGGCAUGGCUUCCUUGUAUUCAUGGUCUUGUAAAAGAAGCUACAAGAGUGGAUUUGUGUGGCAUGAUCUUUGUGAAGAGGACCUAAUUCUUCCUGCUAAUGGAAAUGAGUAUGUUCUCAAGGGUUCCGAGCUCUUUGAAGAAUCUAAAUCAGGUAAAGGCCGUUUCAGUCCAGUCAGAAAUAUGAAAAUGCAGCAUUUGAGACAAUUGCCAGAACCUGUAUCCUUUAGAAGCCAGGAUGAUUCCUCUUCGUCUUCAAGCAUGAAUGGAAAAGAGGGAAAGCAUCAUCAGGAAGGUGAGGUAUCGCCACCGCUCCAGCAUCCUGGUUCCUGCGGUGCAUCUCCAGAGUCUAGAGUUGUAAAGAACUCCAGUUGGGCUGGGCCCUUAAGCUUGACAGAGUACAAGGUUUGUAAGAAGGAUGGAGCAGCUGAUGCGUCAACACAGACCGAGGAAAAUGUAAGCAGGCCUAAAUCUCGAGAAACUUGUACAAGGGGUGUUUCAACAGAUGAUGGGUCAUUAGAACCCGAAUGCAAUGACAGCCAAAACCAACUUCCAUGUGCAAAAGAGAACUCUGAGAUUUGCAGGGAUCUGGUUUCUCCUCCUCCCUCUUCUUCCAGCGCAUCUUCAGGUGGGCGGACUGAAACUCUAGAAUCUCUGAUCAGAGCAGAUGGCAGUAAGGUCAACAGCUUUAGGAUACCUGAAGAGGAAGAAAUACAAAUGCCUCCAAAGCCAAAGGCUACGAAUGUGCUGAUGCAAUUGAUCUCUUGUGGGUCAAUUUCUGUGAAAGACCACAGCUUUGGUCUCAUUCCCUCCUACAGGCCGAGGCUUUCUCACUCAAAAUUUUCUUCCCCAUUGUUCUCUACUUCCAUAGUGUUGGGAGAUCCUGAUUGUCUCUCAGAGAAUCCAAGACUGAUGGGCUUGAAACUGGAAGAUAAGGAGUACUUCAGUGGGAGCUUGAUUGAGACCAAAACACUCGAGGAAGGAGGUGAUGGUUUUAAUGCUCUUAAACGAUCUUCUUCCUACAAUGCUGACAGAACUUGUGAUCAAUUGGAUUCAGCUGAGGACAAAGAUGAGAAAACCUUGGCACAUUCCAAAUGCAUCCCGCGAUCUAUUAAGGCUUCACUGAGUAAGCAGCCAAGAAGUGAAUCAAUGAGAUCCCCUGCUUCUGAUGGACCAAGAAACUCUGCUGAUGGAAUUAACGGCUCAAAAGCCAUAAUUCUUGGAGUCUCAGAUGGCGGGAGUGGAAGAGUUGCAGAGCUUUCUGUGGGGAAAAGACCAUCAAAAAAGCUGGAUUCCUUCAUAGAAGAGGAGAAUGUCGUCAAAAUUGAAGAAAGCUUGCUUCGGGAGCUCGAAUUAUAAUUCAAUCCAAGACUUAAAUAUCAUUUUUAAGGCUCAGCAAUGAAUGAUGUCUCUGUUGUAUUCUAGGUGGGAGUCCCUUGUAAAUCAGCUAUCCUAAGGUCUGUUUUAAAUUUCAAAAGAUUGUUACUUGGCGGGCCUUGGCGAUGAUUCUGUACAUCUGGAAAGAAGAAAAGGGAAAUGCGAAGUGGGUAGAUAAGUGCACACAUGGUCCUAGUGGGCCAGCCCCUAAAGAUUUGAGUUGAUUUUUUGGUUCAGCUUUUCUUUUAGUAGAUUGUAGCUCUUAUUUGCCCUGCAAAUUUUUUAGAAAGCAAAAAAGGAAGAAAGCUUAGCUUGUACAAGUUCGCACUACAGUUGGAUCUAAAAUCAUUAUGCAGGUCCAUGCAUUGGUUCAGUCUGUCAGAGCAGUUUGUCUGCCACAUUAAGAGUUCAUAAAUUCUAAAUUGUGCCUUGGCAUCCAAGGCGAAAGCUUCCUAUUUGAAAA